AACACAUGAUACAGGAUUGCUCAACAAGAAGUCACAACAGGAUAUGGGACUGUCCAACAACAACUAAAACAGAAUCCGAUCAUGAUGCCUAUGUAGGUGUCAUGGUAUAUUCCACUGGUGCUUCAUGAUGCCUACCUUGGAGUCAUCAUACUGAAGGGGUUAAGCUGGAUACAAAAUGCAAAAUCUGUUCUUUUAAUCCCCUUCUUUCUUGUAGAUGCUUAUAAAGAUUUCAUGCAUUGCUUCUGGUGCUGGUAAUUGUUUCGUAUUGAAGUGAAAUGGUUAAAAUGCACAAAAAAAAAAAAAUUUCAUUAGAUUUUGAUUCUUUGGACACUGACAAUGGAUUUAAAAAUGCAUAAAAAAAAAAAAAAUCAGUCAGCAAUGAAAACUCAGUGUUUCCUUCACCACUACCACCACAACCACCACCAAGAUUGGGACUGGAGGUGGGAGGAUCGAGGGGUGUAUGUGACACAGCCUUACUCCAUGGAGGUGAAGGCACAAGUAUGUGGUAACCACCAGAUAUCUCGGAUCGUCUCCCACACUGACCCACUCAACGUGACCCUGACUGAUGAUGCCAUGUCUGCCCAGGUGAGCCAGGACGGAGGGUUCAGCUGCGACCACGACUGGAGCAUGCUGGUGUACUACAGGAGUGCCUAACGGCCCCACCUGUUGCGGGAGACCGGUGAACGCUCUGCCACUGGGAUCAUGAAGGAUGACCUGCUCAUGCUGAACCUCUUCCCAGAGGUGCCCACCAACAGCUACUCCAGCAGGAAUGAGAUUAUCUUUGUCAUCGACCGCUCAGGAAGCAUGCAUGGGGAAAAGAUAGAGAGUGCCCGGGCAACACUUCUUCUGUUCCUGAAGAGUCUGCCUCUGGGUUGCCUCUUCAACAUUGUCAGCUUCGGCUCAUCCUUCUCAGUGCUCUUCAAGAAGUGAGUGGUCCAGACUGGGUUAGGAUAAGUGAGAGGUCAUUCUUCCUCUUCCUCCUAUAUUUAUCUUGUCUCAUCUUUCU